UUUUUUUCAAUCGGGAUCGGCAUUCCAUAUGUAACAAAUCGCGGCAUUUUUGUUAAAGUCGGCAGUGUUUUAAUUAAGUUUGCUGUGUUAAUAGACAGUGUCAGUCGUUUGAGUGGUGUUAGAUAUGUCUGGAAAACACACAAUUUACUUUGCUGGUAGCAUAAGAGGAGGAAGACAGGAUGCAGAAUUGUACCUCCGUAUUGUCACCCAGCUAAAAUCCUAUGGCACUGUACUCACUGAGCAUGUAGCAAGCCCAACAGUGGAAACCGAUGAGGAUAGCACUGGUUUAACAGAUGUACAGAUUCAUGACAGAGAUAUGGACUGGUUAAAUCAGUGUGAUGUUCUGGUUGCCGAGGUGACUCAGCCAUCCUUGGGAGUGGGGUAUGAGAUAGGCAGAGCUGUCGCCUUAAACAAAACCAUCAUUUGUUUAUUCCGGUCAGAUUCAGGAAAGAAAUUAUCAGCCAUGAUAUCUGGAGCAGUGGGGAAGAACUUCCAUGUCUACAACUAUAAAGAAGAACAAGUGCCGGAAAUCCUAGCUAAACACCUCAAGUGAUGUGAAGGACUUUGUCCAGCAAUAGUUUUAUAACAGACCUCAAACAAACAAAUUUUGUGGAAAAGAGACACAAAUGUUAUACACAUAGUACUGAUAUAUAAACUGGUGCUUAUUUCUGUACAAGAAAUGUUUUAAUGUGAUUUUAUACAUUCUUGUGAUUUUAAAUGGACAAUAUAAUUUUGAUGUCCAGUAUGUGACAGAUACACAGGAAUGUGCUUAUCUGGGAGAGCUCAGACAUUGAAUGUUCCACAGGUGAUCAGAUAGUCUUGUAAAAUUGUUAUGUGCCUGUUGACACAGAUGAAUAAAUAUUAAUGAAUUUGUUCUGA